AUGUUUCGAUGGAUGCUUCUAAGGAUGAUGUUAUUGCUCUGGAUGACAAGCGUAACACUUCAGGGCGGCACAGGGUACAAACCUCAAAAUCCAAAUGGUGGUGCGGCACAAAUGUCACCUAGAGAUUAUGGUUUGGGUCAAAAUAGCAACUCGGCAAAUAUGAAAGGAAACGGUUAUCCUGUAAACAAAGGUACAGGUGCAUAUGGGAGUGCACAAAAUAAGCCUGGAUACGGAGGUCGUCCCCCGUAUGGUGGAACAGGCAUGGGAAUGAUGAACCAACAUGCAUUGAAGCAGAGGGGAGGUUAUGGAAAUGGUAAUGGUAAUGGCUACAAAGCUCCAUCUUAUGGGGGCUACAGCAAUUUAAUGGGUGCUCAUCCCCAAAAAGGAGUUGGUCUAGGUUAUGGUGCUGGGCCUGCAGCUGCCAAGGGACAAGGGACAAGGCCAAAGGGACAAGGCUCAAUAUCUGGAGGAUAUGGCAUCUCUGCAGGAUACACCAAUGGUGGGGCAACCAAGGCACAACAAGGAUAUGGAGGAUAUGCUAAUGGAGCUAAGCAACCUAAUACAGGCUCUUCUCUUUCAAAUAUGGGGUAUCCCAAUGGUGGAACCAAGGGACCUAAACCAGGAUAUGGUGCUAAAGCUGGACCCUCAAAUGGACAAGGAGCCAAGCCUAAUGGAUAUGGAGGAUAUGCUAAUGGAGGUGCAGUUAAACAAUCUAAUACAGGCUCUUUUCUUCAAAAUAUGGGGUAUCCCAAUGGUGGACCCAAGGGACCUAAGCCAGCAUAUGGUGCUAAAGCUGGAUACUCAAAUGGACAAAGAGCCAUGCCUAAUGGCUCUUCUCUUCAAAAUAUGGGGUAUCCCAAUGGUGGAGCCAAAGGACCUAAACCAGGAUAUGGUGCUAAAGCUGGACCCUCAAAUGGACAAGAGGCCAAGCCUAAUGAAUAUGGAGCAUAUCCUAAUGGAGGUGCAGCUAAGAAACCUAAUGGCUCUUCCCUUCAAAAUAUGGGAUAUCCCAAUGGUGGAACCAAGGGCCCUAAUCCAGGCUCUUCACUUCAAAAUAUGGGGUAUCCCAAUGGUGGAACCAAGGGCCCUAAUCCAGGAUAUGGUGCUAAAGCUGGACCCUCAAAUGGACAAGGAGCCAAGCCUAAUGGAUAUGGAGGUUAUGCUAACGGAGGUGUAGCUAAGCAACCUAAUACAGGCUCUUCACUUCAAAAUAUGGGGUAUACCAAUGGUGGAACCAAAGGCCCUAAUCCAGGAUAUGGUGCUAAAGCUGGACCCUCAAAUGGACAAGGAGCCAAGCCUAAUGGAUAUGGAGGUUAUGCUAACAGAGGUGCAGCUAAGCAACCUAAUACAGGCUCUUCUCUUCAAAAUAUGGGGUAUCCCAAUGGAGGAGCCAAAGGACCUAAACCAGGAUAUGGAGGAUAUGCUAACGGAGGAGCAGCUAGGCAACCUAACACAGGCUCUUUUCAAAAUAUGGGGUAUCCCAAUGGUGGAACCAAGGGACCUAAACCAGGAUAUGGAGGAUAUGCUAAUGGAGGAGCAGCUAGGCAACCUAAUACAGGCUCUUUUUUUCAAAAUAUGGGUUAUCCCAAUGGUGGAACCAAGGGACCUAAACCAGGAUAUGGUGCUAAAGCUGGACCCUCAAUUGGACAAGGAGCCAAGCCUGGUUACGGUGUUCCUGGACAUAUGUCAGAAGGACCUUAUAAAGCAGCUAAUUCAGGAUAUAUGCCUGUAACAGCUGGGAAAGAGGGUGUUCCCAGUAGAAAAGGACCUAAAGGGGAGAUUUUAAGCCCUGAAGCAUCAAGUCAUCUCCCACUAACAUCUAACACCAAGGGUGUUUUAACACUAGCUGAGCGUGUGCCAAAUACAGGAUUGCUUCCAGAACAAACUAGAGAUCUUCCACCAGUCCUGCAACAAACGAAAGGACAAAAUCUUAAUGCACCACUUCAACAGGGCAAAGACCCCAACUCUAUGGGACCUCAGCCUGCUCCAAAGCCAUUUAUGCAAGGUCCAGGAUUUUAUAAACCUAGUAAAGCUUAUAAACCACCCACACCUGUAAUUCCACAAAACAAAGCUUCAAGGCCAGCUGCACCAGCAAUCCCUCAAGCAAUUCCUGCACCAGAAUCAGCUCCCAUUCCUCAGACGAGUUAUCCUCAAACAUCACAGACAGCUGCACUAGAGCAGGGACAAGUGCUGUCACAGGAACAAACCGUCACUCCAGUGAUACCACAGCCAAUUACACCACAAGGCAGUAUUUUUUCACAGGUGCCUCUGGUGCCAAAUGCAGCUGUUCCUCAAAUAACUCCAGAGAUGCAACAAACCAAGAUUCAGUCAAACCCAGCUUUGCCUCAAAUGAAGAAUCCAUCAACAACAAAUCCUGAUUGUGGACCUGGUGGACGACCUAAUGGACAAUGGGUCAAACUUCCAAGUCCUGGUUCAGGGUACCCCAACGGAAAAGGAGAAGUGUCAUCUCAACCAGGCUUUGGAGCAGGUGGUUAUCCAGCUCAUGGCAUUAACAAUGGCUACAAAGCAGGUUAUGAAGGAUAUGGAAACAAAUUCAAUAAGCCAGCUGGACCACAAGGUGGGCAGCCAAUGGGAUUUGGAUCUAAGGGAAAAGCUCAAGCAAAAUAUGGAAUUGGUGGACUUCCAUUUGGUUCCAAUAGAGGAUAUCAAACCAACCCCUCUGGACAAUAUGGUAAUGAAGGACAGCACUAUGGAGCCAAACCCUACAAUCCUCAAGCACUGGGAAAACACGGAUAUGGUAGUUUACCAUACAACUCUCAACCUCUUCUACCGGAAUCUGUUGCCAAAUCAUCCGACUUUGGAGGGUUACCCUACAAUGGUCAGCCGCUUGGAUAUGGUGGUGACAAGUCGUCUGGAAAAUAUGGACAAAAGGGUCUUCAUUAUGGUGGUCAGCCACUUGAUCUCAGGCCUGAUGCUAUGUCUGGGAAAUAUGGUUCUCCAGAAUCCUUGUAUAAUCCAGAAUCUCUCAGUCUCAGUGGCGAUGCCAAAUCAGCUAAAUAUGGUAAUCCAGCAGUGUCAUAUGAGCUCCUCGGCCCUGUGACUGAUGGCCAAUCUGUUGAAGAAAACAGAAGCCUGGAGGUUUUACACCAAGGUCCUGAGAUUGAUGGACAGAAAUCCAUUGACCAGUUUGGAGAUGGAGAAGUUCCACCCCAUCCUGAUACUCCAGGAGCUGGAGAGGCGAAUGCACAAUCCAUAAACAAAUACGGAAUGGGUGAUUAUACUGAUGGAAGAGUACAACCAGAAGUUGUCUCUUUCCCUGGUGUUCCCACUGUGGGCCCCGCUCCUCACAUCCCUGCUGUCACCUCAUUUGACACCACACUGGACGGUUCCUCCCUGGCCCCUGUCUCUGUUCCUGAUGUGUCUGCUGUUUCUGAGGUGCCUUUCUCACCCACAUUCUCUCAGCCUGAGCUGCCCACUCUAAAGCAGCAGCCAGCACCACCACAACAGGUUCACAUUCAGCAGCACCUCAAGUUCCACUUCCACCCACAGGGCAACUCCCAGACAGGAAAGGAAGGCAAAUACAAAUUGAAUGGUUUCUUUGGAAAUAAAUACCAAGGAUAA